GAAACUCCGGCUGUGGUUGCCAGUUAAUGGAGUUGGCGUCAGCACGGAGCCAGCGGAUCCAGUGCCAUCGUUAGUUGCAAGUCAACCUCGCUCCUGACAGGCUGGCAGGCCAAUCGAAACCGAAACCGGGCCCAAAAACAAAUUGCCAUAGCAGCCAUCCUGCCGUGACAAUAGCGCAAAAACGGAGAAUUCAUAGGCAUUCACCUGCCAUUCAUAUAGUAUAUAUAUAUACCCAUCUAUAGCUACGUCGCUUCCUUUACCUUGACUAUUGUGUCACACUCGCUGGUGAAUCGCAGACAUGGCGGACGAGGAAGCCGGGAAGGAGGGCGAGAAGAAAAUCGUGCACGUUUAUCCUCUGGUUAAGCACUCGGACAUGACCGAAGAGAUGAGGAUAGAGGCCAUUGAACUGUCCAUCACCGCCUGCGAGAAAUACUCAUCUAACUAUGAGCACGCUGCCAAAAUCAUCAAGGAGAACAUGGACAAGAAGUUCGGCAUCUAUUGGCAUGUGGUUGUGGGCGAGGGCUUUGGCUUCGAGGUCUCCUACGAGACGGAGAACAUUCUAUACCUGUUCUUUGCUGGCAACCUGGCCAUCGUGCUGUGGAAAUGCUCCUGAAUGCGGGUCAGCAGCAGUCAAUCGAACGUACCUAGAAACCGGAACAGAAACCAAAAAACCGAACCAAACAGAAAUUUAGCAUUAAUACUAGUCCUUACAUACAGAACACUUAGCGUUAACGAAUGUUAUGAAUUCUAGGCCUAGUAGGCGUGACAGAGAAAUGAAAUCCAUGGCAACGAUGUGACUUGUUGGGUAAA